UUAUUAAUUAAAUAAUGUUUAUUAUAAAAUAAUAACUCGUUAAAAACGCUAACAUAGUGUUGUGCAGUGAUUUUUAGUUUAGAAAACGGAGGCAGGCUCAAUACACACGGGGAGCUGAUAGAUCUUCGUGAAUACUGCUCAUCCCACAAGGGAUUUCGCGUGAAGCAAAAUAAAAUAUGUACAAAGCUAUCAUAUUUGCGACACUGAUAGCCGCGUCAUCCGCACAGUUCCUGCCCAAUGGCUGCCCAUCGAAUUUCCAAGAACAACUGUAUAUGCCACACGAGAGCGACUGCUCGAAGUACUACCAAUGCAGCAAUGGAAACAAAAUUGAGAUGAGCUGUGGGCCGGGCACCCUGUACGAUGCACAGUUACAGGUGUGCAAUUGGCCGUUUGCAGUGCAAUGUUCAACCACAACACAACCUUCACCCACAACAACAACGGUUGCUCCAACAACAACCAUUCCUACAACCGUUCCACAAAUCAACUACCUACCGAACGGUUGCCCAGCAGACUUUUCCGUCCAUUACCUGUUAUCACAUGAGACUGAUUGCGCUAAAUACUACAGUUGCAGCAAUGGACAGAAAAUUGAAAUGCCUUGUGCACCUGGUACUAUGUUCGACUUUGAUCAGCAGGGUUGCAACUGGCCACACUCAGUAACAUGCUUCAAAGGUGUUUCUACAACCUCACCAGCUGCACCUACACCUCCACAACCAGCUACAACCAGACCAACAACAACUACAACCAUACGUACAACCACCCCACCAACAAGUUUCCUACCGAAUGGUUGCCCAACGGACUUUAGUAUACAUUACUAUUUGUUACCACAUGAGACUGAUUGCUCAAAAUUUUAUAGUUGCAGCAAUGGACAGAAAUAUGAAAUGUCUUGUGCUAGUGGCACGUUGUUUGACUUUGAUUUACAGGAAUGCGACUGGCCACACUUAGUAACCUGUUUCAAAGGUGCGUCUACCACAACAACUCCUGCACCUACAACUACACAACCAACUUCAACUCAACGAACAACCACCACAACCAGGCCAACAACAACUAGAACAACAACUACAACUAGGCCAAUAGAUCUUCUACCAAAUGGUUGCCCAUCAGACUUCUCUAUACAUUACUUGUUGCCACACGAAACUGAUUGUGCUAGGUACUACAGUUGCAGUAAUGGUCAAAAAAUAGAAAUGUCUUGCGCACCUGGCACAUUGUUCGCCUUUAAUUUACAGGGCUGCAGUUGGCCUAGUCAAGUGACUUGCUUUAAUGGCCCAACCACUACAACAGAGGUACCGAUCACUACAGAAGCAGUCACAACCACUGAAGCACCGACCACAACCGCAGCAACCUCUACAACCGAAGAACCAACAACAGCUGAAGCAACCACUACAACUCAAGCGCCAUCUACAACAGAAGCAACAACACAGGAAUCCAGCACUAUAACUGAGACAACCUUAACAACUGAAGAACCAACUACAACUCCUGUGCCAAUAACGACUGAUGCUUCAACAACCUCGGAACCAGCAACCUCUACCACAGAGGGACCAACUACAACUGAAGCAACUUCUACAACAGGGUUACCAACAACAACCUAUGUACCCACAACAACACAGAAACCUUUAACAACUGAAGAACCAUCUACAACUCAAGAAUCAUCUUCAACUGAGGAUCCGUCUACAACCGAAGAAUCAUCUUCAACUGAGGAUCCGUCCACAACCGAAGAAUCAACUUCGUCUGAAGACCCGUCUACUACCGAAGAAUCCGGGGAGCCGACUACUAGCGAAGCAACAUCCACAUCAGAAGAUUCCUCAGAACCUGUUACCUUGCCAAAUGGUUGCCCAGCUGAUGGUGGGCAUCAUCUUUUGCCCCACGAGACGGAUUGUGCAAAGUACUACACUUGUGUCAACGGGGAACCAGUCGAGAGGGACUGUGCACCUGGUACCUGGUUCGACUACAACUUACAAGGGUGCAAUUGGCCAUUUAUGGUAGAAUGUGACUUAACAACGACAACUUCUACCACAACAACAACAACAACAACACCGUUACCUACAACUGUUGGUAAUUGGACAAAACCCACACAUGGGUGGUCGUCGACUACAAAACACUGGACAAAACCUACACCAGGGUUGUCGUCAACCACUAAACAUUGGACGAAACCCACACCAGGCCUAUCUUCAACUACUAAACAUUGGACAAAACCUACACCAACGUCAUCUUCAACGACUGCGGCUCCAGCAACUACUCAGAAACCUACAACUACUGAGGAAUGGACAACACCCACAACCGGGAUGCCUACAACUACCGAAGAAUGGGCAACGCCCACAACCGGUUUGCCAACAACUACAGAGGAAUGGACAACACCCGCAACUGGGCUACCAACCACAACAGAGGAAUGGAUGACGUCCACAACCGAGUUGCCAACAACAACAGAGGAAUGGAUGACGUCCACAACCGAGUUGCCAACGACUACAGAGGAAUGGAUGACCUCGACAACCGAGUUGCCAACGACUACAGAGGAAUGGAUAACGCCCACAACCACGUUGCCAACGACUACAGAGGAGUGGACGAUUCCUUCAACCACUGACGAUGUGACAUUGCCCACCACUGAAUUGCCUUCGACGACAGAAGCUGUGACAACAACUACAACUACAACUGCUUUACCUACAACCAUUGGUAAUUGGACAAAGCCCACGCCCAGUUGGUCUUCAACUACUAAGCAUUGGACAAAGCCCACAUCAGGUUGGUCUUCGACCACUAAACAUUGGACAAAGCCUACACCAGGGCUGUCUUCGACUACUAAACACUGGACAAAACCCACCCCCACGUCUUCAACAACUUCAACAACUGAGGCUUCAACUACUACUUCAGCUCGGACAACAACUCAGGAAGCCACAACUAGUGAAGUUCUGACAACACCUACAACUGAGUUUUCAUCAACCACUGACGAUGUGACAACACCCUCAACUGAGUUGCCAACAACCAUUGGGGAUUGGACGACACCUACAAGUGAACUGCCUUCAACCACCGACGAUGUUACAACGCCCACUACUGCGGUGCCGACAACAACUGGAGAAUGGACAACACCUACAACGGGGUUGCCUUCAACAACCGACGACGUGACAACACCCACAACUGGGGUGCCAACAACCAUUGGAGAAUGGACGACACCUAUAACUGAGUUGCCUUCAACCACUGACGAUGUUACAACGCCCACUACUGGGGUGCCGACAACCAUUGGGGAAUGGACGACACCUACAACUCAGUUGCCAACAACCACUGAAGAAUGGAUGACACCUACAACUGAGUUGCCUUCAACCACUGAUGAUGUUACAACACCCGCAACUGGGGUGCCGACAACGACUGGACAAUGGACAACACCUACAACGGGGUUGCCUUCAACAACCAACGAUGUGACAACACCUUCAGCAGAGUUGCCAACAACCAUUGGGGAUUGGACGACACCUACAAGUGAAUUGCCUUCAACCACUGACGAUGUUACAACGCCCACUACUGGGGUGCCGACGACCAUUGGGGAAUGGACGACACCUACAACUCAGUUGCCAACAACCACUGGAGAAUGGACGACACCUACAACUGAGUUGCCUUCAACCACUGAGGAUGUUACAACACCCACAACUGGGGUGCCGACAACUACUGGACAAUGGACAACACCUACAACGGGGUGGCCUUCAACAACCGACGAUGUGACAACACCCUCAACAGAAUUGCCAACAACAAUUGAAGAUUCAAUAUCGUCAACGUCAGGGUUACCUACUUCUACUGGAGAAUGGACGACGCCCACGACAGGGCUGCCAACAAGUACUGACGGAUGGGAAACACCUACGACAGAGUUACCUUUUACCACUGAAGACCUUACAACGCCAACAACGGACUUACCGACAACUACAGAGGAUAUAACAACUACAACAACUACAACUAAAUUACCAACAACAAUUGGAAAUUGGACAAAACCCACAUCAGGAUGGUCUUCGACCACUAAACAUUGGACAAGGCCUACACCAUGGUCACCUUCAAGUACUAAACAUUGGACAAAACCUACACCAACGUCAUCUUCAACGACUGCGGCUCCAGCAACUACUCCGAAACCUACAACUACUGCAGUUCCGACUACUACUACUACAGAGCAAUCAACAACAACGGUGGAUUUAACACCUACGACUUUGGUUCCCACAACAAUUCAAGAUUGGAUAAUGUCCACGACUCAGGAACCUAAAACUACUGAAGGUUGGACAACACCUACAACUGAGUUGCCUUCAACAACUGAUGAUGAGGCAUCACUCACAACUGAGAUAUCAACAACCCUGGAAGAUCUCACAACACAGACCACCGAUGCUACUUCAACAACAUACAUUUCUACAACAACCGUUGAAGAUCUUACAACAAUAUCUACAGGAGAUCCUGUAACAACGCCAAUUCCUACAAUACCAGAGGAUCUCACAACCCAAACAACCGGGGAACCUACAACAACGCCCAUUCCCACAACCCCAGAGGACCAAACGGACCUAACUACCGAGACAUACGCAACACAUGAGCCUACAACCACUGAAUUUGUAACAACAUCUACACAAGUGGCCUACACUACCCCAGAGAGUUCUACUACCUCUUGGGCUACAAUAACUACAGACAAACCCACUACCCUAGACGACUCAACGCCGGCUACAACUCAGACUUACACAACCCCUGAUGAUCUCACAACCAUCUCACCUGAAGAUUCUACAACUGGUGUAUCCACAACCCCAGGAGAUCUCACAACCGUCACACCUGACGGAUCUACAACGGGUGCUCCCACAACCCCAGGGGACCAGACAACCAAUACAACUGAUGAAUCAACAACUGAUUUAUUCACAACCCCAGGGGAUCAAUCAACCGUAACACCUGAUGGUUCUACAACUGGUAUUCCUACAACCCCAGGAGAUCUCACAACCGUCACACCUGACGGAUCUACAACGGGUACUCCCACAACCCCAGAGGAUCUCACAACCAGCUUACCUGAGGAUUCCACAACUGUUACUGAUGAUGGUUCUACAGUAGAAGUUUCCACAACUGUGACUUCUGAUUCAUCUACAACUGAUGUUCCGACAACUCCAGAGGAUUUAACUACUACAGCAGGGGAACAAUCUACAACCUUUGGACCUACCACAACUGACUUUUUCACGACACCAACAUCUACUCAGACAUCGCCAACCACAACAACAACUACGAGUACUGAACCGUCUUCACCACCUCAUUUAUCUACAAUACCUAUUCAACCUCCUAUCCCCGAGAAACCUACGGGUACUCAAGCUCCUACUACCACACCUGCAACUGUUGAAGAAACAUCACCCUCUGGAUCAACAACAGAUGGACCAAGUACAACUGAAACGGGGUCGACAAACGUUGAUUUUACAACUGGAGAUUAUAGUUCUACCCUUUCACCAACCAUCGCACCUGCUACAGAACCAUCUACUACGGACUAUCCAACUGAAGAUACCACUGUAGCAGAUACAACUGAGGUUGAUACUACAAUUGUACCAACAACAGAAGCGUACGAUCCUUGUCCGCCGGGAGUCGUCGGUAACGUGCCCCAUCCGACUUUGUGCCAUUCGUUUUACGCUUGCUUCAACGGUCAACCUUUGCAACUUUUCUGCCCAGAGGGACACGAAUUUGAUAUCGAUGUUGCGAGAUGCGUAGUCAUUGCUGAGGGUGGUUGUACGUUGGGAACAACCACAGUUGCAGGCUCUACGACUGAGUCUUUUGAAUUGACGACAGGAUCCCAGGAUUACACAGAUGUGACUCUUGAACCUGUACCAUCGACUACGGAACCUGUGACCUUACCUGACGUCUGUCCAGUUGGCAUUUGGGGUAACAUCCCUCACCCGACCUUGUGUAACUCAUUCUACAUGUGUGCAGCUGGAAAUGCGUUGCAACUAUUCUGUAGUGAAGGAUUUGAAUUCGAUCCGGAAGUUAAGGACUGUGUUCGUAUAGCGGAAGGUGGUUGUACGUACAACUCCACGAGCACACCGACCCCAGACAGUGACAUCUGUCCCCCGGGGACGUGGGGUAUCGUACCGGACCCCAACUCUUGCAACUCAUUCUACAUGUGCGCAGGAGAUGAAGCGCUUCCCUUGCAAUGUAGUGAAGGAUUCGAGUUUGAUCCUGAGACUAGGGAGUGCAUCCUAAUAGCUGAGGGAGGUUGCACAUUAGGUGGUAGUACAUCAACAACACAAGAAGAUCUCCAAUCGUCAACAGAUCUGCAGACGACUACGGAGAGUGCAACAACAAUAUCAACCACUGCUACAACCCCAGAGAUUGAUAUUGAUCCUUGUCCGUCUUACGUUUGGGGUAUAAGACCUCACCCGACUGAGUGCAAUGCAUUCUACAUGUGUGCGGGUGGAAACGCUCAAUUGUUAUACUGUGGCGAAGAAAUGGAGUUUGAUCCUGAAACCAAUACGUGCGUUGAAAUAGCUGAAGGUGGUUGUACACUCGGUGCAACAACAACAACACCUGAAGUAACUACACCGGAUACAACUGUCACGCAACCAACAACUACAACAACUGAAGCUGCAACAACUGAGUCUACAACUGAAUCAAUAACAUCGACGACGGAUGGAUCAUUGAUUUGUCCUGUAGGUCUCUUUGGCAACGUACCGCACCCUGAAAUAUGCAACUCAUACUACACCUGCAUAAACGGCGUGCCUCUACAACUUUUCUGCGGCAGCGGCUUUGAAUUUGAUCCUGAGUUGAAGACUUGCGUACCAAUAGUCGAGGGCGGUUGUACGCUGGGUCCAACUACACCUUCAAACACACCAACUGACAUCACAACAACAGUUGAUUACGAAACAACUCCGUCCACAACUUUAUCAACUCCAUCAACAACUGAGGAACCUAAGUUCUGUCCUCCAGGGUUUAUUGGAACUAUACCGCAUCCAGAAAUUUGUAAUUCCUUCAUCGUUUGCACCAAUAACGAUGAAAUGCAUUUGACUUGUAGUCAUGGAUUUGAAUAUGAUUCCGCAGCGCAGGACUGCGUGCUUAUUGCUGAAGGAGGUUGCACCUACUCUACAACUACUACUGAAACACCAACAACACCUGCCCCGAUAUGUCCCAGUCACAUAUACGGCAACAUACCUCACCCUACUGAAUGCAAUUUGUUCUACUUGUGCGUUGCUGGCACCGAAUACUUGCUAUCUUGUAGUUCUGGGUUCGAAUUUGAUCCAGAAACGAAGCGUUGUAUCGAAAUAGCAGAGGGAGGUUGCACGUACACUCAAAAUCCAACCACAGCUGCAACUACUGUGGAAGACAUAGACCCACCAGUUGAAGACUACAUACCACCCACAACAGGAGAACCAAUUACCAUCCCAUCAAGUACUGAUGCAACUUCGGUAACUGAACCAGAUAAUGGUUCAACUGAAUCUUCGACAGAAGUUGAUGACUUUGAGUGCCCAGAAGGCGUGUUUGGAAAUGUCGCUCACCCAAGCAAGUGUGAUUCGUACUACGUUUGUUCUGCUGGCAGUCCAAUGCUGGCGACUUGUAGCGAAGGAUAUGAAUUCGAUCCAGAGACCAGCGUCUGUGUUGAAAUUGCGGUCGGUGGAUGCACUCUUGGAACAACAUUAGGACCCGUUGCAACUGAGACUACAACCGAAUUUGCAACUACAGUACCAACAACUCCUGCACCCAUUUGUCCUCCUGGUGUCUUUGGUCAUGUCCCUCACCCAGAGUUAUGCAACGAGUUCUUCUUAUGCGCUGGAGGUAGCCCGCUACCAUUGACAUGCCCAGACGGAUUUGAAUUUGACGUUAAUACGAAGCGUUGUGAAGAAAUUGCUGAAGGUGGAUGCACAUACAAUAAACUUUCAACUACCUCCAUCCCAACUACGGAGGUAUCUACUGAAACAUCGUCUGAGUACUUGACUUCAACAGAGAGUUCGUCCGAGCUAACCUCUGAAUCAUCAGAAAGUACUUCUUCAGAAACAUCAUCUGAAACGUCAAGUUCAACUGAAAGCUCAUGGGAAACGUCCUCGUCCGAGUCAUCUUCUGAGUCGCCCCCAAGUUCUACAGACAGUUCUUCUGAUUCAACAUCUUAUCCGACAGAAGAAUCAACAACAAUUGAACAAGCUACCGAAGAAUCUACUCAAGAGUCAGUUUCAAUAGACUCUACUACUGAAGAAUCUGGAUUAGAAUCAACCACCGAAGGGUCUGGAUUAGGAGAGUCCACUACUGAAGGGUCUGGAUUGGGAGAGUCUACAACCGAAGGGUCCGGAUCAGGAGAGUCUACAACCGAAGGGUCCGGAUUGGGUGAAUCCACAACUGAAGGGUCUGGACUUGAAUCUACAACUGCAGGGUCUGGAUUGGGAGAGUCUACGACCGAAGGGUCCGGAUUAGAAUCAACCACCGAAGGGUCCGUAUUAGGAGAGUCUACAACCGAAGGGUCCGGAUUGGGUGAAUCCACAACUGAAGGGUCUGCACUGGAAUCUACAACUGCAGGGUCUGGAUUGGGAGAGUCUACAACAGAAGGGUCCGGAUUAGAUUCAACCACCGAAGGGUCUGGAUUGGGAGAAUUUACAACCGAAGGGUCCGGAUCAGGAGAGUCUACAACCGAAGGGUCCGGAUUGGAGUCUGCUACUGAAGGGUCUGGAUUGGGAGAGUCUACAACAGAAGGGUCUGGAUUAGAUUCAACCACUGAAGGGUCUGGAUUGGGAGAAUUUACAACCGAAGGGUCCGGAUCAGGAGAGUCUACAACCGAAGGGUCUGGAUUAGAGUCUACAACCGAAGGGUCCGGAUUAGAAUCUACUACUGAAGGGUCUGGACUUGAAUCUACAACUGCAGGGUCUGGAUUGGGAGAGUCCACAACAGAAGGGUCCGGAUUAGAUUCAACCACCGAAGGGUCUGGAUUGGGAGAAUUUACAACCGAAGGGUCUGGAUUGGGAGAGUCUACAACCGAAGGGUCCGGAUUAGAAUCUACUACUGAAGGGUCUGGAUUAGAGUCUACAACCGAAGGGUCCGGAUUAGAAUCUACUACUGAAGGGUCUGGAUUAGAGUCUACAACCGAAGGGUCCGGAUUAGAAUCUACUACUGAAGGGUCCGGAUUAGAAUCUACUACUGAAGGGUCCGGAUUGGAAUCUACCACUGAAGGAUCUGGAUUGGGAGAGUCUACAACCGAAGGGUCCGGAUUAGUGUCUACUACUGAAGGGUCUGGAUUGGGAGAGUCCACAACCGAAGGUUCCGGAUUAGAAUCAACCACCAAAGGGUCUGGAUUGGGAGAAUUUACAACCGAAGGGUCUGGAUUCGGAGAGUCUACAACCGAAGGGUCUGGAUUAGAGUCAACCACCGAAGGGUCCGGAUCAGGAGAGUCUACGACCGAAGGGUCCGGGUUGGAGUCUACUACUGAAGGGUCUGGAUUGGGAGAGUCUACAACCGACGGGUCGGGAUUAGAGUCUACUACUGAAGGGUCUGGAUUGGGAGAGUCUACAACCGACGGGUCGGGAUUAGAGUCUACUACUGAAGGGUCCGGAUCAGGAGAGUCUACAACAGAAGGGUCCGGAUUGGAGUCUACUACUGAAGGGUCUGGAUUGGGAGAGUCUACAACCGACGGGUCGGGAUUAGAGUCUACUACUGAAGGCUUCGGAUUGGAGUCUACCACUGAAGGGUCUGGAUUGGAAUCUACAACCGAGGGAUCCGGAUCAGGUGAAUCUACAACUGAAGGUUCCGGAUUAGAAUCAACCACCGAAGGGUCCGGAUCAGGAGAGUUUACAACCGAAGGGUCCGGAUUAGAAUCAACCACCGAAGGGUCUGGAUUGGGAUUGUCUACAACCGAAGGGUCUGGAUUAGAGUCUACAACUGAAGGAUCUGGAUUGGGAGAGUCCACAACCGAAGGGUCCGGAUUAGAGUCUACAACCGAAGGAUCUGGAUUGGAAUCUACAACCGAGGGAUCCGGAUCAGGUGAAUCUACUACUGAAGGGUCUGGAUUAGUAUCAACCACCGAGGGGUCUGGAUCAGGAGAGUCUACAACCGAUUGGUCCGGAUUGGAGUCUACAACUGAAGGGUCCGGAUCAGAUGCUACUACUUUAGAACCAGAGGAUGCCACCUCACCGCCACCAAUUUGUCCUCCGAACGAGUUCGGACAUGUCGCACACCCUGACAGGUGCGACGCGUUCUACAUGUGUGCGGGCGGUGACGCUUUCCUCCUUACUUGUGGAAAUGGGUUGGAGUUUGAUCCUGAAGUGAAGGCUUGUGUACCAAUAGAAGAAGGUGGUUGCACGCGUCCGACGUACCCAACAACCACAGGAAUACCAGUCAUAAUUACAACACCAAUGGAAGUUUCAACUGAGUCUUCAUCUUCUGAACCAACGACUUCUGAAUCAACUUCAUCAGAAUCGACUUCAACGUCUUCGGACACAACUUCCUCUUCAACUGAAAGUACGACUUCAAGUUCUUCUUCAGAGGACACUUCAAGUUCAACCGAUUCAUCUUCACAAACCACUUCGGGUUCAACCGAAUCGUCGCCAGAAAUUUCAACUGUACCAGAUUAUUCUGCAACCACAGAAGAUGCAGGAGAAAUAACUACACCAUCGCCAACUACUUUGGAACCUACCCCGACGGAAACAUCAACAAUUGAACCUGCUACAACAGAUGCGACCUCAACCUUGGAACCGUCAACAACUUUGGAACCAACAGAAACUGAACCAACCACAACCGAACCCGAACCAACAACUUCAGCACCAUUUGCUUGUCCUCCAGGAGCUAUUGGCACUUUCCCAAACCCGGAUAAGUGCAAUGAGUUCUAUAUGUGUGCCAUGGGUGUACAACAAACGUUGACUUGCCCCGCUGGGUUUGAAUAUUAUCAUCCUUCUGGUGGUUGCGUCGCAAUAGCCGAGGGUGGUUGCACGCUCGGAUCAAGUACAACGACAGACGCAUUUGAAGUGGAAACAACGGAAGCAAGUGCUACUGAAUCUUCAACAACCGAUGAAUCUUCAACACCUGAAGCAGCAACCACAGAUGCAACUGCUACCGAAGCUUCUACAACUGAUGAGUCUUCAACACCUGAAGCAGCAACCACAGAUGCAACUGCUACCGAAGCUUCUACAACUGAUGAGUCUUCAACAUCUGAAGCAGCAACUACAGAUGCAACUGCUACCGAAGCUUCUACAACUGAUGAGUCUUCAACACCUGAAGCAGCAACCACAGAUGCAAUUGCUACCGAAGCUUCUACAACUGAUGAGUCUUCAACAUCUGAAGCAGCAACCACAGAUGCAACUGCUACCGAAGAUUCUACAACCGGUGAGUCUUCAACAUCUGAAUCAGCAACCACAGAUGUAACUGCUACCGAAGCUUCUACAACCGAUGAGUCUUCAACAUCUGAAUCAGCAACCACAGAUGUAACUGCUACCGAAGCUUCUACAACCGAUGAGUCUUCAACAUCUGAAUCAGCAACCACGGAUGAAACAAUCACUGAAGAAUCUACAACAUUUGAAAUAGCAACAGAUGCAACUACAACUGAUGAAUCUGUGAUCACAACAGACGAUUCUGCAACCGAGUCAGUUUCAACAACACCAGGUGAAUCUACAACUAACGACGCGACGGAAGGCUUUUCGACAGAAUCAACAACUUUGGCAUCUUCGAUAGAAGACUCGGAAAGUGAUGAAUAUCCGGAUAAACCGGGUUCAUUACCUAUUUGCCUCCCUGGUCAGACUGGUUUAGUUCCAGACCCAGAACAUUGUAAUGGGUACUACCACUGUUACGGUGAUUUCGCUUUACAAUUCUUCUGUAAGGAAAACGAGGAAUUUGAUCCGAUUGAAAAGGAAUGUGUCGACAUAGCACCUGGUGGGUGCACUCUGGGUGAUAAUCCUGCGCCUGUAGGACCUACGACAGAAGAGGGGGAUAUCAUCCCAGCAGUUUGCCCUCCCGAUGAGAUAGGCUAUGUAGCAGAUCCAGAGAGCUGUGAUGCAUACUAUCAUUGCUCCGAGGGUUUCCCUUCGAAGAUGUUCUGCGCUGAUGGUUAUGAAUUUGAUGAGGAUAAGAAAAUUUGCGUAGAAAUAACUGAAGGCGGUUGCACGCAUAGUGGUAUCAAAACCACAGCCAAUACAGACCCCACUAUGUCUGUCACAACAGCAUCCCCACAAACUUCGACUACUACAGCCAAACCCACAACUGCAGACCUCCUCACUACAACCACCGUCACUUGCUCUGAUGGCGAGGAAACCAUUGCUGACCCUGAAGAAUGUGCUGUAUACUAUAGAUGCACUGAUGGGGCCGCAGUAAAAUGGUACUGUAGGGAUGGUGAAGAAUUUGAUCCCAAGACACAGGAAUGCGUCAAAAUAUCUGAAGGUGGUUGUACAUUAGGUGGAGUCCCAUCCGCAACUCCUGAAGUUGUCACAACUCCAGAAACUACACCUGCAACUGAGGCACCUACAACUUUACAAGCAGAGGCUACAACUACAAAACCAAUAUGUCCGCCUGGUUUGACUGGAUACAUAGCUGAUGAGCACGAUUGCGAUGUUUUCCACUUAUGCAUCAUAACUGGGGAAUCCUUUAGAAUGGUCUGCGAUAACGGCUUUGAAUACAGCGAGGACGAGAGGGGUUGUGUACCAAUCGCCGAGGGUGGAUGCACAUUCAACAAACAACAAAACGGCAACACACUCAACAGUGUACUAAACGAAACUAAUCCAGAGAUCACCAACGAGGAUCGUAUGAAUAAUGGAAUGGGCAUGGAUGUGGCAUUUGAGCAUUUGAUACCACACAGUUCAGAAGACAUUUGUCCUCCAGAGUUGUACGGCAAUGUGCCAGAUCCAGAUGACUGCGAGUCUUACUACUUCUGUGCUACUGGAUCAGCGACUAAAAUGGCUUGUGGAGAUGGAAUGGAAUUUGACAUUGGAUCGAGGUCAUGCGCUCCGAAAUCUGACAAGGGCUGCACAGCUAAACAGAGUGAAAAAUAACUUGAGCGCCGACCUUCUUAACGACUGAACAAAACGACAUCGGCUGGUGUUCAAUAAAUAAUCUUAUCGAAAACACAUUUUAGAGCCGAACGCAAUUAUUUUUUGGAGUGGCACUAAAAGUACCAACUUUCAAAAAUCAUUUUUAAGAUUAUUUAACGAACACCCUGUAUAUAAUUAUUCCUUAGUAAUGAAACUUUGAGAUUUGCAUUUAAAAAAUAUAAAUGAUGUUGUUUGAGAGUUGAUUGUUGAGUGGAGAAGAAGUGAGAAGUCUGCUAAAGGAAGAAUGAAAAA